AAAGUGCAGUGAGAAGGAACUUGUAUAUAAAUCAAUCAACCAUCAAGUUAAAGUCAUCAUAAAAGUUGUGUAACUUGAAUCGAUUAAACACUUUCCUUAAACAGCAUGAAAAACUUAUUAAUUAUAGUCAUCUUUGUGGUCGUUGCUACUAAUGCAGACAUUGAAAAUACCAGUUUUAAUGGCAGACCUGGUUGUAAGACUCUGGCUGAAGUUGGCAUGACUUAUGCCAACUUUUUCGAUUCAUCACGUUAUUGGCAUUGUUACGCCAUAAAUAAUCAAGCCAUCUCUGAACGUUGUCCAAGUCAAUAUGGCUACCAGGCGAGUAUAAAGUCCUGUGUACCCUAUACUGUGUGGAGUUGGGAAGAGCCAGUCAUGCCUCCAAGUUGUCCUGAUUUCGAACAAGAAUGUGUAUCCGGUUCAUCUGUUAUUGCAAAUAAGCCUGUUUAGAUUACUAUUGUAAUUUUUUUAAUAAAUCGUUAAAUAAUA